AUGAAGCGUACGGUUCAUGAUUCUCCGUUCAACAAACAUGACCCUAAGAUGAAGAAAGUUAAGCAUUUUGAAGAGGCUGGAGAAAAAGAAGAUACGGGAUUCAUGAACUUGGACGAAAACCUCCUUUUCGAGGUUUUGAAACAUGUUGAUGCAAAGACUCUAGCCACGGCGGCCUGCGUCAACAAGCAGUGGUACAAAACCUCUCGAGACGAGCGUCUCUGGGAGCUGAUCUGCACGCGCCACUUGGCUAAUGUUGGCUGCAGUACCCAACAACUGAGAUCCGUGGUCCUUGCUCUUGGCGGCUUCCGUCGCCUUCACUCUCUCUAUCUUUGCCACCGAGUCGUCGGCUCCAAGCAGCCGACGCGUUGGGGAAAAGACGAGGUUCAUCUCUCCUUGUCCCUGCUCUCGAUUCGGUUCUAUGAAAAGAUGAAUUCUAGUAAUCGGGGUAGCUGA